AUGGAGGCGCAGGACAGGAGCCGCUCGCCAUCCCGUAGGACCAGCCGGGUGGAGCAAGUGGUGGGACGAUGGCUGAGACGGUCCCGAGACUUAGGCAGCAGGUCUCACUCUCUGAGCAGAGACCGGGUUGCAGCGGACGGGAAGACGGCAGAGUCGAGUGGCGCUGAUCAGAGGAAUUACCCUUUCCGCUUUAAUGUUCAGAUUCCACGGGACCCAACCCUCAACUCUCAUGGCCUCACUCUCUCCUCCCAAGCCCCCAUCCUGGUACAGGAAGUCACCCCAGGUGGUCCUGCAGAUGGUCGGCUCGUCCCUGGCGACCAGCUUGUGAAGAUCAAUAACGUCGCUGCUGAUGACCUGACCCCGGAGCAAGCUGCUGAAAUAAUCAGGGAGUGUCAAGAUACGUUGACAAUGACGGUCCUCAGAACAAUGCUGGGCCCAAAGUCAUCUUUCAUCACGCCAGAGAAGAGGGCCAAGCUCAGGUCCAACCCUGUGAAAGUUCGCUUUGCUGAGGAGGUGGAAGUCAAUGGACACUCUCAGGGUAACUCGCUGCUCUUCCUGCCUAACGUUCUGAAGGUUUAUCUGGAGAACGGGCAGACCAAGGCCUUCAAAUUUGAACCCAGCACCACAGUCAAGGACAUUGUGAUGACACUGAAGGAAAAGCUUUCUCUGAGCCGUAUUGAGCAUUUCUCCCUGGUGCUGGAGCAGCAGCACAGCAUCAGCAAACUACUGCUGCUACAUGAUGAAGAGAGGAUACAGCAGGUGGUCCAGAAGAAGGAGGCCCAUGACUACAGGUGUCUGUUCCGCGUUUGUUUCAUGCCCAAAAACUUCCAGACUCUGCUGCAGGAGGAUCCCACAGCCUUCGAGUACCUCUACCUGCAGGGGGUGAAUGAUGUCCUGCAGGAGCGCUUUGCAGUAGAGAUGAGGUGUAACACUGCCUUGCGACUCGCUGCCCUGCACAUCCAGGAGAGGUUGGCGAGUUGUGGACUGUCACCAAAGACCAACCUGAAGAUCAUCACGAAGACCUGGGGCAUAGAGAACUUUGUGUCGUCCACAUUGUUGAGGAACAUGCGAGAGAAAGAUCUCAGGAAGGCCAUCGGCUACCACAUGAAGAAGAGCCAGUCGCAGCACGAUCCCAAGCAGAAGGGCCUGUCAGUCGAUCAGACACGGAUAAACUACCUGGAGGAGCUGGGCGAUCUCAAGUCAUUUGGAGGGAAAUCCUUCAGUGCCACCAUGAUGCUCCAGGACAGGGAGUCGAUGGUGACCCUGCUGGUGGGGGCGCAGUACGGGGUGAGUCAGGUUGUCAACCACAAGCUGAGCAUCCUGUCGGCCCUUACAGAGUUCACUAGCAUCACACGCAUCGAGCUGCUGCCUGAAUCAGAGAAGGUCAGCCUGGUCAAAAUAUACCUGCAGGACAUUAAGCCCAUCACAUUACUGUUGGAGUCCGUGGCAGCCAAAGAUAUGUCCUGCCUAAUAGCAGGGUACUGUCGAGUUUUUGUUGACCCCAACCUCAACAUCUUUCCCUGGAUAGAUGAGUUUAAGAAGCACAGAGUGUCAGCUGAGGAAGGUUACGUGUCCCGGUGUGGCAGCGACUCAGAUGACUCCUCAGACCUGGACAUGGAACCACUAGUCGCCCUGGUGUCUCUCAACGAGAAGCCCUGCCCUCGCGUCAGAUCCUCUUCAGAUCCAGAUGGAAGAAAAAGAAAAGACAGAGACAGAAGUAGAAACAAAGAUGACAAAGAAAAGUUGGAGAAAUCUUGGGAGAAUAAAAAACAAAAGGAAGAAAAGGAUGCUGACACUGAAAAGGAAAAGUCUCCACCAGAUAAGAAUAGAGAGGAUAAGAAUGAAGACAGCAAGCACAAGGCGGAGACUGAUCCAGCGCAGGAUGGUGGACAAAUACAAAUUGAGAUAACAAACAAUGGCUCAAGGGAACAGGAAAAAAUGAGAGCGGAAGGAAAGAUUGUAGGUGGAGAAAAGGCGCAGGCAGCGGAGGAGCAGCCAUCCAUAUCAGAAGCAUCAGAUUCUUGUCACAGUGACUCUCGUGUCCUCACGAGCCCCUCCAGCGACUCGCUUGAUGCUUUGGAGGAAGACGACUUGCUAGCGUGUUCCUCUUCCUCCAGCCACCCCAAUGCUCCCUCACAAAUUCAUCCCCACAUCUACCCUCCCCCUUGUAGGCCCGCUCAGUCUCACCUUCUCGCCCCUCCACCAGCUCAUUCCCACCCCCUCAUGCACUUCACAACUCAGGACAGGGGAGGAGGGGGCUGCAGGAGGUCAGGCGACGGAGCCGAUCCUCAGCUCACCUCACCUGUCUCCACCUCUCAGAGCCUUUGCCACACCCAGAAGUGUUCAAGUAACCCCUGCUCUGAUGACAGCUCCCUGUGUUUCGCUGAACUCUCUCGCCUCGUGGACUUCCUGCCGAGCCCUCCGGAGGCCAGCGAGGAUGAUGAAGAUGAAGAAGAGGAGUUGAGAAGGAGGAGGAGGAAAAUGUUGAAAGAAAUGGACCAUUUGGUGAGAAGAGCAGGUGAAACAGGAAGUGUAAGCGGGGAGGGUGGUUUUACAGAAUAUCCACUCUCCCUUUCCCCAUCCCCCCCCUCCUCCCACAAGGAGUUUGUGUUUAACUUUGACCAGAGCGACGCUCGCUGCUAUUACAAACUCUGCUCCAACAUCACCCCUGACAGCGCUCGCAGCCUUCCUCACCCCCUGCAUCAUAACGAGGGAGAAGGUUGGAAGGAAGUGGACGGGCAUGAGGAGAAGGCUGAAGGCCUGGAACCGAUCCCCAUCCUCCAGCCGCCACCUGGCUUUGGAGACAGCAGCUCUGACGAAGAGUUUUUUGACGCCAGAGAUCGCUUCACAUCACCUGAAGACCCAACCUCAGGCGCCGUGCCAAGAGACAUUUGCACAGAGAUGAAGCUGGACUUCCUCAGCACACUCAGUCUCAGUGACAUCAGAGUCUCUGUGACAGAUGGAGAGAAAGCUGAAAAAGGAGAGGAAGACAAAAAAGAAGAGGAGGAAGGAGGAGGCAGAGAAACGUUGUUCCAGCUCAGAAAAAGAUCUCGCAAGCGUCGUUCCUUCAUGGAGACUGAUUAUACCUCUAUGGUGUCAUAUCCAGAGCCAGAUCCAGAAUCAAAGGGUUCCAACAGGCUUCAUAAAAACCUUGUGGCAGAAGCCAGUGGUGCACAGGUGCUGAGUUCAGAUCCUGAACCUUCAGAGCAAACCAAGAAUCCCAGCCCUACUGUCUCCUCCCUGACUCACUCUGAAGGGGAGCCGGCUCAGCUCGAGUCAAAACCCAUCCUGUCAAAAGCCCGUUCUCAUGGACCAGGUUCUCCUUCUGGUUUUGGGUCUCAUGAGCAGAAUAGAGACCCACAGGCCUCCUCCAGGGCCAGGAAGCAAGAAAUGGAGAUGGAACCUGAUGCAAUGGAGUCCAAAUCAGUCACAGAUCUGGUGAAGGCUGCAUCUCCUACCAUCACCGUGGUUCGCUGCCGGGUGGAUCCAGAUGGCAAGGAGAGUGCCGAUCGGAGGGGUGAUGGGAAGGAGGAAGGGGAGGGACAAGAGGGGAUGGAUGAGGGGAAAGAGGAGGAAGAGAAGGAGGAGACAACAGUUGUGUCAGGGAACGGGCCUUUCACCAGUCAUAUGUUUUUGAUCGCUAAGGAGGAAGGUAAAGGGGAAGACAAGGGAGAAGAGAGGAUAGAAGAGGUGAUAGAAGAGGUGAGUGAGUAUAGUUCAAAGCGACCACCCAUAGGUGCUGAAAGGCAGUCAGGAGCCAACACACCGACCACGUGUUUGACAGAUAUGAAUAAAAAAGGUAGUAAUGGCUUUUUGGGAUCUCAUCUAACUGCCCAAGAGCUGAACUCAUAUGUAGAGGAACAUAUGCUUGAAGAUGUGUGUGACAAGUCCAGCCCACCGUCAUACUCACCACCACCCCCUCCGCCCUCAUCCCCUCUACCUCUGGUACCAGUUUGUAACAAAUCCCAGAGUGACUGUUUGGUAAGGGAAGAAGAGGGAAGCAAAACCAUGGGAACCUCGACCAGAAUGUCUUUAUCUGCUUCUGAGGAGAUGUCACUUACAAAACAAAAUUACACAGACAAAGCACAAUUACUUUUAGAGAUCACAACCACUGCAAAUGAAGAUGAAGCACUUGGUGUGGUCAGUUCUACUGUGACUAUGAGCGAUGAAGGUACCGACAGCACCAACUCUGACAGUGUUUUCGACGAUGACGACGUGAGUAUUUCCUUAAAUUCUACUUCAAGUGACAAGAAGGAUGACUGGAGUUUGGCUUCAGAGCAUCGCGUCAGAUCUAUUUCAGCCACAGCAGGUAAAGAUGAGUCACAAAUGAUUAAUAAGUCUCGAACCAGCACUGAAGCUCAUUCAAGAAUUCAUUCAGUUAAUUCUGAUUAUACUCGUGCUAUAAACUCUAUCACAGCAAAGCUUGGAGCUGCAACUAGCAUCACGUCUCCGACAUUUAAUUCAGGUACCAGAUUGAAAAGUGAGGUGACACAUGAAGAUGCUUCAUGCUCGAAUCCAAUUGUAGAUAAACCCAGCAGUGAUUCCACCGUACCAAGUGUUGAAGCUAAAGAUACGUUAGCUAGUCCCAGUACAGUGAAGUCUAACACAGCCAUGAUCCAUGAUGUGUCCAAAGACCCUCCUUCUCCAACUCACUUCCUCCUCCAGACCUGUUCCCCCAACAUCAUGGGUCGAUUAUCUGCCUCAACACUCAGGGGGAAGAUUCAAAGGUUGCCUCUUUAUUUAUCACGUUCCCAGGAAACCCUCCACCAAGCUGGGGUGGGGAAUGUGGCCCAGAGUCCUCCUGAGGACAACAGUAGCAACGAUGUUGAGAUAACCAUCAAAGUUACAGACGUUCAUGAUGUCACACAAACUAUAGAUUUUGAAACGGGCACCACUGUAGAAACAGUGGAUUCAGACGAUUCGGAUACAACUGUUACAGGAUCAGAGGUGGACGGGGAGUUUUUUGUGGAAACAACCUCAGCAAAGAGUUUUCAUUCAGGUUUAGAGGUGAAGGAAGUAAACUCUUUAUUGCCUGUGCAGACUGAGCCUAAACCCCAACACCAAAAUCAGCUUCUCUACUCUGAUCCUAUCAAGAACACACCAGGACCAGUAACAGAACCUCCAGCCUCCAUAGUGAACAGCCUCCAAAGAGAUACUUCAGGCCUGAAGAUAGACACCCCUGGUCCUAUAAAAGCUGCUCCAGAGCCAAAUAUGGUCACAACACCAGGCGAGGACAUUCCAGGUUAUAAAAUGAGCAAUCAAUCACCUUCCAUUCCCCCUCCCAUAGUGGUGACCACACAGAAUCUAAAUAAGCCAGGGCUUCCUUUUCAUAAUCAGUCACAGAAAGUAAAAUGGACCAGUAGAGACAGGCCUUUGAUGGGUCUUUGUAGACCUUCAGAGCAGAAUUCAGACUCAACAAAAACACUUUCCUCAGGCUGCAGAGUGUUUACGAUCUGUGAGGAUCCAUCUCAAACAAAGAGUCCAACCGAGGUUGGGACUACCCCACCGUUGAAGUCUGAGUUUGGCUGCAGUUCUGUGCUAGCAUCUGGAUGUGAGUCACUUGUGGAGGGGAUGCAGGUACCACUGGACGCUUGUGGUUGCCCAGCGGUCUAUACCAACUGCUUCAGUGGCGGGGACAGCUUUGACGACGAGCUGACGGUCUAUGAGUUCUCUUGCCGCACACAGAGCAGUGGUGUGACUCAGUCUUCCGGAGCAGUUCUUCCUCUCAUGACCUCUCCACCUGUCCCCUCCUUUAUCUCCACCUCCUCCACCCACUCUCCCUCCUUUCCACGCUCCAUCCUUUUCUCCUCCUCUACUUCUGAGCUCAGCCCUAUCCUCUCACCGCUGUCUGACACCUCUGACUGUUUUCUGUCACAAACGCACAAGGACACUAUCAGUCGGUUAGGUCAGCAGCGCUACCCAGAACCCCCAGCAGGUUUCCAAGUACUCCGUGUGGACGUGGACCAUCUUCUCUCAAUUCUAGAGAGCAGCGGUAGUGACCGAUCUGAGGCAGGUCAUGGAGGUCGCCACCCGAGGGACACCUGCCCUGCUCACUUUACAGAGAACAAGCGGGUGCUCCAGUUAGAGGCCCGGCGGCUGAUGUCAGGCUGCCAGAAGGUGGUGGGGAUUGGACAGAGCCCAGAGGAAAUGCUCCACUCUCUGGCAGACAGUUUCCGGACCCUGGUGGAGUUGGCCGGUAUAUGCCUCUGGUUCUCUGGUUGCGACAGGUGUGACCGGAGGAACGCAGAGGCGGUUGCAGGUCUGGCAGAUGUGGCCCGCUCAUUCAGGGACUUCUGUCUGGCAGCAGAGAGAGCCAGCAGCAAGCGCAGCUGCCAGGACCUGAGCACCAAGCUGCUCGCCAAACAGUGCACUGCACUCACCGCCUCCGUCUUCUGCCUCACUCAGCUGUUCCGCACCCUCACCGCACUAUGA